GGAGGAGGCCGUUGCUGACAGCUGCAUAAGUAAAGAUGCGCCAGCAGAAAAGUCAGCAUUCGAGUGAACUGGAUUGCACGUCUCUGCCCACUUCAGCGAUUCGCUUCUGAGUGGUACAGACGAGAGACAUUCUGCUUUCGGAGAUAUGGGCAAACGCAUUGGUGGUGACUAUGUUUGUGAUGACGAGGACCGUGGCAAAUUUGAAGCAGACGGCUAUGUGCAUCUCUCAGGGGUCCUCAGCCCCGAGGAGAUUGCAGACAUUGAGAAAGAGUACAUGAAGUUCAUUGAUAGGCAGAUUCUGGUCGAAGGGCGGGACUUCUGCGACAUGAGUGGGGAUUACAGUAAACCGCUCAGCGAGUUCAGCAUCGUGAACAUCAUGCUGCCAAGGAAAUACCACCCCACCUUGAAGGACAAUGUGUAUGAGAAAAAAGCCGCGUCCAUUGCUGCCCAACUUUGUGGCCCUGAUAUGGUGUUGGACUAUGACCAGCUGCUGGCUAAGCCCCCCGGGAAGGCGGACGGCAUCUUUGGCUGGCACCAAGAUUUGGCAUAUUGGCCCAUCACGCCAGACACAACGACCGCUUCCUUUUGGCUAGCAAUUGACGACUCCCGCACUGAAAACGGCUGCAUCCGGUUCGUUCCGGGAACGCACCUCGAGCGGGAGCUUCGGAAGCACGCCCCGCCGUUUGGCGACCGGGACAAGUCGCACCUGCUGACGGCGGAGCUACAGGAGGGCGACCGCGUCGUUCCCGCCGAAAUCAAACGGGGUGACGUCACAGUGCACCACGAGCGGAUCCUGCAUGGAUCGGGCCCGAACACGAGCCAGAGUAGUUGGCGCCGCGCUUACGUGAUGGCGUUCCGGCGAAAGAGUACGGUGGAGGAAGAGCGGCGGCGGGGGUUCACUCACUCGCACAAUGACAAGAUGGAGGUUUUGACGAGCGUCGGCGAAGGCUACAAUUCCUAGUGUUGUUGAGUUGCUUGUUUUGGUUCUCCGAUGCUUGAAUUGAGUGUUCCAAUCGUCUGUUCUCUAGCAAUGUGUAAAGCGCGUGGUGUGUGUGAUUAUGAAUGAUCAAAGACUCGGGCCACUUGGAAAAAGUACUAGGUUGUUAGUUCAAUGCGUUUUCGACUUUACAAUGAGCCAUCUGU